AUGUCCAUUAAAGUGGAGCGAUGCGCACAGAGACCACCAUCUGCACCAGCAAACUCAUCAGUUCAUCGAGUAGUUUCCUUAGUCGACAAAUCGAUAGCGUUCAAGGUCUGGAUAACAUGCAGAACGCGAAGCUAUCAAGUGCGUCCAAAUCAGGGAUUUCUGGAAGGCGGUGGUACUGUAGCAUUACUAGUUAUUCCAACCAGUAUUCGUUACCCAGAAGCAAGUCUACGAAUCGAUUGGAUUGAAGCCGAUCCUUCCGAGCGCGAUGUACGCGUAGCGUUCAGAUCUGCCAACCGAUCUGGUCAUGUAAUACACCCACUCAAUUCGAAAAUGGUCUACACUGAUGAAAAGUUUCCAACAGCUCUUUUGCGAGCUCAUACCGAUCCUUAUACGAAUAUGCGACGAUCAUGGAUUUUCAUCAAGUUUGGCAGGAAGACCCUAGCAAUAAGAGAUCCCGAUACUGUUUGGAGCGCCAUAUCUAAGAUAUAUGAUUCGUUGUGUUUUCAUAGAGUGAUGUUAGAAGAAGCUCCGUUGUAUUACACCAUGGAUUCGAUGGAUGGUGAGAAGAUUGCAAGUGAAUUGCGGAACCGACUUCGUGGCCAGAAAAAAGGCUCAUUUCCUGUUCUAUUGCUUAUUGACGAUUCUGGGGCACAUUUCUCAACGUUCAUUAAAGAACGAUUUUCCAAUGAUCUUUAUGUGUUUGAAGUACAAAGCCAGGAAUUAGCUGAUAUUGCAGCCAGCACCGCCGAGAAACCUUACAAAGAACUCGAUAAGUGGUGUACUGAAUUCUCCUCGAUCAUUCAAGAAAACGAAAAAGAACAAGGAGCAGUUUCCAACAGGCCAGAUGAUACCGGGUCCUCAAAAGGCAUGGAUGAUUUGGAGUGUUCUAGACAAUACGACGAUAUUGGUGUCACCGCAUACGACACUCUGAAUGCGGAUGAACCACAUAUGGAGGAAAAGAAGGACGUAGAUGUUUGCAGAGGAUCGGUGCCAGUAUCUGGAGUGCAAGACUACUAUGGAAAGAGUCCAUCAAUUGCAUCUGCCGGUGAUGUCGUAGAAGCCCUGAAGUAUGCCAGAAGCAAUCAUCUUGACGCUGAAUUUGUAACAGAGCUGGCUGGUCCACAUGUGUACAACCGAUUGUGUUGCCCUUUCGCUGAUAUUCUUCCGAACAUUUACCUCAUGCAGCUGAUUUAUAUGUCUUGUUCCGUUAUGUCUCAUCUGAGAGAUGUUUACGAAUCUGCUCGCCACAUCAUUUGCAGUGUUUUUUCAACACGAUAUAUUCCAACUGUGUGCGAAUUCUUCGGGUACCCGGCUAUAAAUGACUCACGUAAGUGGAACGACGGCUUUUCAGAUUUCCUUGUUGCAAUUAUGGACUUAUUUAUUGUCAUCGACAAGUACAGGUAUCAUGGAGAAGAAGUGUGGCUAGCAUGGACAACGUACUACGAUGUUUUAACUAAACUUCCUGAGGCGUUCUGGGCAGAAGAAGUGGCCAGAGAUUGGCUAGAACAGUUGGCUAUUGAGCUGAAACACUUGGGUCACUACCGUCCAGCUCAACUUACUUCGACUGGUGAGAUCCGCAGAAGGGAGAACCGAAUGAAGUGUAAACGACAGAAAGAGCAAACGAUUAAGCAGGAGCCAAAUAUGGCUCCCGAACAAGUAAUUGAACAACCACUAUGGCAGGAUUGUGAAAAUCGCCCGCCUCCAUGUGAUUUUCGUACCUUGAGUGAAGUUCCUGUGAUAUCCGACAUCUAUAACGCUGAAAAGACAUACGUCCGUCGAGCGAUUGUUGAUGGUAAGUAUACAGAUGCCGAACACUAUCUCGACGUACAGUUUCGAUUGUUUCGCGAAGAUCUGGUCAGCCCACUCCGAGAUGGUAGAGGAGUAUAUCUUAUGAAUGGUAGUAAUCGCUUCAACAGAUGCGCCGAGGACAUUGAUGAACUGACGCAUGGGCUGCUGAUAUUUGAUGUGGAGAAAGUGUUAGGAUUGGAAGUGCAUUUUCACGAUGGUGUACCUCUUCGUUAUGCAAUGCUUACGUCGAAAUCGAUCUCAGAUCCUAUACUACCUAGACAUUUAAUGUUUGGCCAAAUAGUGUGCCUGUCGUCAGACGGUUUUCGUGAUGAUUUGCACCUGGCUAAGAUUGUUGAGCGCGACACUACGAGCUUCAGCAAGUUUCAACCGCUCCCGAUGGAGCGCUACAUCGUUCAUGGUAAAGUUGAUGUACGAAAGCCGUUAUACAUGAGAUUUGAAGAGAGCGUCGAGGAUAUAAUUGAUGAUUCUGAAAUGCUGAAAUAUUACACGGAUCUCCAAGCUGACGCAAAGAAAACUUCUGAAAAGUCCAAACACCGAGUUUCUCAAAUCAAAAGCAAAGAUGCCCCUGAUUCUGAGACUAUUAGCGAUGAAGGCGGUGCUUGGGAGUCACCCAUAGUUAAACGGUGUGGCCGUGUCGUCAAUCUAGAAGGACAGUCGCAUAUUCUGAUUGAUGGAGAGAGGUACGAGGUAUGUAACUGA